AUGUAGUUUGCAGUUCUACUGUUGUGCACAUACCUUCGCCGGACGUGCCGAGUUUUAUCGGGUUGCAGUAAGUUCAUCGACACUGAGCUGACUUCAUGAUUCUGUCGCCGGUAGGAACGAGGAGAAGGUCCUGGUCGGAAUCAAGAGUUAAAUCUCCUCGUUUGGGACACAGACUUGGAGACUUGACGCGUUACCGACAACCGCGCAUAAGUUCUGUCGCGAUCCCAGGAAAGAGCGUUGAAAGAAUCAAAAUAAACGUGAGUGGGAAGAAGUACGAAUUGACAUACGGUCGCCUGUUUAGGUUCCCCAAGAGUCUGCUCGCUCGCUCUGCCCGAAGAGAAGAAUUCUACGAUGCUGAAAGGGACGAGUAUUUCUUCGACAGGAAUCGAAUGGCAUUUGAAAGUGUUUAUUAUUUUUACCAAACUGCUGGGGAGCUUUUUCGUCCUGAACACAUUCCGGACGACCUACUUAUGAAGGAAAUGCAAUUUUACGGUCUACUGCAAUACCUUUCGCUGCCGGGAAAUGUUUUACUGUCUGUAGGCCCCUCUAAGGUAAUUGUUCCAGGUAACAAGUAUCAGAGAAUGGUGUGGGAACUCUUUGAAAAUCCCAGCUCUAGCGUUGCUGCCCGACUCGUCAACGCGUUUAUGCUUCUGGUGAUUAUUUUAUCCAUCGUCAUGUUGUGCAUUGAAACUCUCCCUGACCUUGAUGAAGAAAAUGGGCAUGUGUUAGCACGCAAUCGGCAACAGAAAAAUGGAAACAAAUCGGACAAUAUCACCGGAGAUAUUCGUACAGUGGUAUAUGUAACUCAAAGUUUAUCAAAUAAACUACAAACUUUGUUUGUCAUCGAGACAUUUUGCAUUGCCUGUUUUUCAUUAGAGCUGAUGAUCCGCUUUCUAGCCUCUGCUGAAAAACGGCGUUUCUUCUGGAAUCUUCUCAACCUUUUCGACCUUCUUGCAGUUUUACCUUUCUAUCUCUCUCUCGUUGUAUCUUCGCAGUCUGUUAGCGCAACACAAUCCGCGUACACCCUAAGGGUUUUGCGUCUGGUACGCCUCUUAAGGCUGGCAAAAAUCUAUCGCUAUAGCUCCUCCGUUCAGAUCUUUGUUAAAACAAUUCGAGAAUGUGUCAAGGAUUUCCUACUGCUCUACUUUCUGAUUCUCAUGACUACGACUGUGUUUGCCAGCACCUGUUACUAUUUCGAGGGAGAACAUGAAGGGACUGAGUUUGUGAGCAUUCCCGCGGCGUUUUGGUGGGCCAUAAUAACACUGACCAGUGUGGGGUACGGAGAUAUGGUUCCUGUAACUCCAGCUGGCAAAAUAAAUGGUGCCGUGUGCGUGGUCUUUGGGGUGAUCAUCAUCACCCCACUGCUGCCAAUCAUAGGCUCCAAGUUCAACAGCGUCCAGGAAAAAGCCAAAAUUGAAAAACUUUUGACCUCAGAAAAGCUGCAGAUCUCAGAUGAUGAUUCUUCAGAAUCUUCCGAAGACUGGAGAAGGUUCGUGACGUUUGCAGAGGAAGAAGAGUUAUUUGAGAUUCCACCAAGCGUAAAGAACUUAAUACUUGACAGUCAGAUAGGGCACAAUGUGCGAUCGAGAAGUAUUACUGUGAUUUAACACUUUCACUCCCAACAUCAGAACUUCAAUUCUCCGCACUGUCUGCCUUAGAUUUCGUAUAAUGAUAACUCUGAGAUUCUGGUGUGACGCGCAUAUCAAACGAUAUCGUCGUCAUCGCCCUCCUGGUUGAAAAUGUAUGAGUAUCUCAAUGUAGAGAAAUGCUGAUCUCGUACCCAGAUCUCACCGUUUAAAUCUUAUUGCUUUGUCAUGGAAGAUCUGGGUACAAGACAAGAGAAGUGCCUUUUUAGUCAGUAUUGGGAAUAGAAGAAUCAGUGGAUUAACUGCAUCUGGAAAAAAUGUAGUUGGAAUUUUUUAAGGUUGUCAUCUCUUUACAAUCCUUUCAACCCUUUCCAUCCAUAGCUAUCAUUAUUCUUAAGUGAUAAAUUAUCACCUCCUUUUUGCUUUGCGAG